AUGGGAGUGUCAGGGGGGUUCUGGCACCAUGAAUUCUGGCUGCCAGCUGGAGCUACCUGGGAGGACUUGAAGGAGUCUGCAGACACACACUACCCGCAGCCUCAGGACCUCCUGCUCUGCAUCCCUGGUGCCCUGCUUUUGAUCUUUGUUCGAUGGCUUUUUGAAAGAACUGUGGCUCUGCCCUUGGGCAGGGGGUUGGGCGUGAGUGACAAGCAGAGGCCCAAAGUUCAGCCCAACGCCACGCUGGAAGGCUUCUACGUCCUGCUGGGCAGAACCCCGAAGGAGGAGGACCUGAUUUCACUGGCCAAGCAAAGUGACCUGCCCAUCAGAAAGGUGGAGACCUGGUUCCGGCUCCGGCGGGCCCAGGACCGGCCCAGGCUGAUGAAGAAGUUCUGUGAGGCCAGCUGGAGAUUUAUAUUCUAUUUCACCUCGUUCUUCUCCGGACUGGCUCUUCUGUAUGAUAAGCCCUGGUUUUGGGACCCCACCGUGUGCUGGUUGAAAUUUCCACAACAGCCUCUCCCACCUGCACUGGGCUGGUUCUACCUCCUGGAGCUCUCCUUCUACUGCUCACUCGUGGCCACUCUGCCCUUCGAUGUGAAGAGGAAGGACUUUAAGGAACAGAUCAUCCACCACAUCGCCACCAUCACUCUGAUCUUUGUCUCCUACUGUGCCAACAUGAUCCGGUUUGGGGUGAUGGUCAUGCUGGUCCAUGAUGCCUCCGAUUACAUUUUAGAGCUUGCCAAGAUGCUUCAUUACCUGAAGUGGCAGCGGGUCUGUGAUGCUGUUUUCUUUGCUUUUGCUGUGGUUUUCAUCAUCUCCCGGCUUGUCAUUUUCCCAUUAAUUGUAUACCAUUACUUUGUGACAAAACUUCCAUUGUUCCCCAUAAGCUGCCUGAUAAAUGCUUUCCUGGGGGUCCUGCAGCUGCUACACAUUUUCUGGUCCUAUCUGAUCAUCCACAUGAUCUUCAGUGUCAUCCUCUGUGGUGGGAAAAGACAAGAUGCCAGAAGUGACACCGAAGAGAGUGACGGGAGCGAAGCAGAGGAUCCAGCAAAGAACCAAGAAUAACUCAGGGCUUGCUGCAAAACACCAGGAGCCAGGCAGACUCUGGAGUGCAGGAAGGCUGAACAGAAGCUGGGGGAGAGGCCUGAGAAG